AGAAGAGGUAUAUAUGGAUCUUCCCCCUGGAUUUAAUGAGGCUAAAACCGAAGGAAGAGUCUGUAAAAUGAAGAAGUCCUUAUAUGGGUUGAAACAAUUCCCACGAGCCUGGUUUGAUAGGUUCAUGAAAGUGGUAUGUCAACAAGGAUAUAAACAAGCCCAAUCUGAUCACACCAUGUUUAUAAGGCAUUCAGGUGGAAAAAUUACCAUCCUAAUAGUUUAUGUGGAUGAUAUAGUCUUGACAGGUGAUCACUAUGAUGAAAUGGAGAGAUUGAAAAAGGCUCUUGCGACCGAGUUUGAGAUAAAAGAUUUGGGUCCCUUACGAUACUUUCUAGGACUGGAGGUUGCUAGAAAUAGGAGUGGUAUCACUAUUUCACAAAGAAAGUACGUAUUGGAUCUCUUAAGAGAAACAGGUAUGUUGGGAAGUAAGCCUGCUGAUGUCCCUAUAAAUCUCAAUCACAAACUGGGGGAUUGCUUGGAAAGUACACCUGUUGAUAGUGGAAGAUAUCAACGUUUAGUAGGCAAACUUAUUUACUUGUCACACACAAGGCCGGACAUUGCUUUUGCAGUUAGUGUUAUAAGCCAAUUCAUGCAUGCUCCAUUCAAAGAGCAUAUGGAGGCUGUUCAUCAAGUUUUGAGAUAUCUGAAAGGGACUCCUGGGUAUGGACUUUUCUUCAUAAAGAAUUCGGGAAGAACUAUUGAAACUUUUACCGACGCUGAGUGGGCUAGUUUAGUAACAGACAGAAGGUCUACAACCGGUUAUUGUAUCUUCGUGUGGGGAAAUCUAGUCACUUGGAGAAAUAAAAAACAACCAGUUGUGGCCAGGAGCAGUGCUAAAGCUGUAUUCAGAGCUUUGGCACAUAGAAUCUGUGAAAUAAUGUGAUACUGUUAAGUGAACUUGGGAUUAAAGAGAAUAAGCCUAUGAAAGUUUAUUGUGAUAACAAGGCGGCCAUUGCAAUGUCACACAAUCCUGUUCAUCAUGACAGAACAAAAAAUGUAGAGGUUGAUAGACAUUUUAUCAAAAAGAAUAUAGAAGAUGAGACAAUAUGCAUGGUAUAUGUACCUUCAUCCGAGCAGGUUGCAGACUUAUUAACAAAGGGUUUAUUUAAACCCAUGUUUGGAAAAAUGGUGGACAAGCUGGGGUUAUUUAACUUGUACCCGCCAGCUUGAGGGGGAGUGUUGAAGAUUCCGGAAAUGAGAAGCAGAUUUGGUGGUCAUUUGUCCUAUAAUUCAUGGCUCUAAAUAGUUCAUUUCUUUAUUUAUAUGAUUGACAUAUAUUUAAAUUUGAAAGUAAUCCCUAGAAUAAAGGAAUAUGCAUGUGUCAUGACACUAUAAAUAUUUGUACCUUGCUGGAAUUAAUAACAAGACAGAAUUACUGUCCUUCUUCGUGGUUCUCUCAUUUGUUUCUCUUCCAACUUUAGAAUUAAUUUUGGUAAAUAUUGUAGAAAUAAAAAUUUUGCACAAUAAAAUGGAUGGGAAGGACUCGAACCCAAGACUCACAAUAUAUAAAUGCAAGCUAUAACCAACUAAGCAAAAGAGGGGUUUGAAAAUAAAAUAAACUACCAGUUAUAUAACCUAAAAUUUUUAUCUAUUAUUAAUAAAAAAAACAUUUUUCCCAACGAAUCCAACUGGGGUGCACCACCUAAAUCCGCCCUGGUUAGAAGGGCUUAGGCUAUCCCAUAACGGACAAUACGUAUAUUAACGGCUUAGGCAAGAAAGUCAGAUCGUUACAUAACUGCACAAUUUCAUAAGGCAGAAUCAAGAGGGAUUUUCAUCAAAUAAUGCAAAGAGGAACUGCCUGCUAGAAAUAAGAAUUUUAUCCACGUAGAAUAUUUACAAUGCAAAAGUUAAGCACAAGUCAAAAUAUAAGCAGGU